GGUAUAAAGGCCCAUAGGAGCCUCUUCUCACCCAAGAAGACUCACAGCUACCGAAUAGCUCAACUGCUGCAUGAGCAGAAUCGCUGACCUACUCUGCCAGGUCGACUUGGAGUCUAUGAAGACCAGUGGACAUUAAACUGGCAGCCCGAGGAUCCAUGUCACACAGAGAAACUGCCAGACUCAUCACUGCUCUUCAGAGGAUGAAGGACAAUGAAAAAAUUUUAGCUACAGAGUUUGAUGAUACCGAGCUGAUCUGCAUGAUGGUGGACAGCAGAGUGAAUGAGGUGUCAGUGCUCAGAGAACCCUACCAAACCACAAAGAUAGCGCCUGGAUUCAGCCUAUCUAGGACGGUGGAGUGCAGCAUCAGUGACAUAACCCAGAAGAGCCUGGUGCUGAACAUGGAAAGUCAGGAGCUUCUUGCCAUAGCGCUGCAAGGGGGACGCAUGUACAACAGAGACAUAGUCAGGUGCACUUCAGUUAACCGAGACUCUCUCUCUGGCUCAGUGCAGCUGAGUCUGUCCACCUACCAAGCGCCCAUGCUGACAGGGGACUCGGGGCUUCCUACGACUCUCAGAGUCUCUGGCAGCGAUCUCUACCUUUGUUGCAGCGGCUCAUUAAUCAAGCCUUCCUUAAGCCUGAAGGUGGUUAAAAACAAGGCAGUAUUGUCGACGAUUGAAGCAGAAAGUGACAACGUGUGCUUCCUGUUUUACAAGAAGAACACCGGCUUCUCCAUGUCCAGUUUCGAGUCGGUCAGAUUUCCCACAUGGUUCAUCGGCACCGCUUCAGCAGACAGGAAGGCCGUGGGAAUGUGCCAGGCUACAGCCCAGGGCCACAACAUACAUUUCAUAGUCAAAAAGAUAUAAGUGCACAGAGGACAGCACCUGUGUGUCAGGGCAACACAGCAUGAUGUAGACAAAACACAGCGCUUCAAAUGACACCCUCUGCUUUAGAAUUUACUUAAAAAUAAGGAA